ACCAGCCACUUGCCUAAGUUCUCAUGGUUUUGCACUGAAUGUACUUUGGCCAGCAUAGAAUAAAUGUAAAGCUAAGUAAACAUAUACAAAUGCUGUACCAUGUGUUUUGACCACUUAUGACCAUUUACAUAUUAUUUAGUGAGAGUUUAGCUAUUUCUCCUUAUUUCUGAUUUAUGGAUUUGUACAUUUCUUAAAUUAUCUUGCAAUGUACCUCAAGAUUGUACAUCGUGCGCAUUGAAGAUAGGCUGACACCAGGCAAUUGGUCAGAAAUGACCUCUUUACGAGGUUUGGAGGUUAUAUAAUGCACCUGCUCCAGUCUUCAUCCCGGUUUACAAGAUGUACCUGUCUCAGACCUUGUCCAUCCUGCUUCUCUGCCUCCCAGCCUGUAAGUACCCUGCACAUUACAAGGCUGUAUCACAGGAAAGAUAAAUAAUGACAAUUUUAAAACUGCAUCUUGACUCUACAAAACUUUUGACUGUUACAAAUUUCAAAUUAAAUGUUUCAGUACACAUGAAGUGAAAAAGGAUUUGUUUAGUGGGGUUACUCAUACAUAGAGAAGUCACAGGAGCAGUGCAUGUGCCCAAGUGCAGUGAUCGGGAACCCAUCUCCAGAUUUUGAGCUAGGCUUGGUCAGUUGCAUGAACCUUAUAUCAGAUGUGUCUCUCUUGUCUCCUGCAGUGCUUGGGUACAGAGCUGUGUGGCAGUUCAGGGCCAUGAUCCUGUGCACCAUGCCUGACAGUUGGCCCAUUCUGGACUACGCAGACUAUGGCUGCUACUGUGGCCUCGGGGGCUCGGGAGAACCAGUGGAUGAGCUGGACAGGUGCUGCCAAGUUCACGAUCAAUGCUACAGCGACGCCAUGCAGCACAAGGACUGCUGGCCCAUUUUGGACAACCCCUACACUGAACUCUACCACUACAAUUGCAAUGAAGCCACUAAGACUGUCACCUGUUUGGAGAAAAACAACCCCUGUGAGCAAUUCAUCUGUGAGUGUGACAGGAAGGCAGCCAUAUGUUUUGCUGGAGCUGGAUACAGUGAAGAGAACGCACAUCUCCCCAGUGACCGCUGCAAAUAACUGACAUACACAUAGUUAAUGCACCUGCUGUUCUUAAUGUUUUUAUUCCUCUUAGAGUAUAAUAACAUUUCACAAGAACAGGGUGGAUAUACUAUAC